AUGAGUACUGCAGCGACAUCCGUCAUCUGCAGCGGGAAACAGGUGGCAGUGCUGACCCGAACCCCGCUGCGACCACCGAGUUCGCCAUCUCCGGGUCUGGAUCUUAGCAUUCCAUUGCAAAUCGUAGAAACUUCACCCUCGCCAUCGCCACCUGCUCCGCUUGCUCAAGACCCGUGGCUCGACCAUGACUACGUGCACAAAGGUCCACCUCAGGUCCUCACUCAGACCCGGCUGAUACUCCCAAUGCAGAAAAUAGUGAUUGUGAAACCGCAGGACUUCCUACACAAAUCAUCGAAUGCAGUUUCCGUAAUCAUAUCAAAGAGAUGUGAGCCAGCUGUACAGAUUAUCAAUGCUCCCCGGAUCAACAAUCGUCAGACAAGUGAGAAUGUGGACUAUGAAGUGCGUGAAGUUGUCACAAAAGUGGUUGAGACAGUGACCGCAUUGGAGUACUGCAGGGACCUCGCACAGCGGGAUCAACAUAUCGGCAAAGCUCUUCAGAGCGGCCAAAAUCCAUCUCCCAGCGGAAUGCUCGGCGACCUGUUCCUCCGCUGCAGCCACUGUGAUCUCUCGUUUAGUGGGCCCAACUCGGUGACCAGUCUCCACGACCACAUCAAGUUCACUCAUUCGGACAAGGCUUUCGCACCUCAGAUGCCUUGCCUGAGAGAAACAUUCGCGUGUAGCAAGUGCAACGCAACUUUCAUGAAACGUGAUCACCUUGAGAAGCACGAACUAAUCCACAGUACACCGACGACACUCGGUCACGGCAGGAGCAUCGACGAGAACAAUGUUCUUCGUCGAUUCAAGUGCAACGAGUGCACGAAGGCGUUCAAGUUCAAGCAUCACCUGAAGGAACAUCUACGGAUCCAUUCCGGAGAGAAACCGUUCGUGUGUCGGAACUGCGGUAAACGUUUCUCUCACUCGGGAUCGUACUCGUCGCAUAUGACCAGCAAAAAAUGUCUAGUAGUGAAUCUCAAGGUGCGCAAAGUUGAUCUCAAGCAACCGACAUCGGCGACGAGACCGCCGCGGUCUUCUCAGAGUACUGGAGGACAAUCGAAUCAGUUUCGACCGAUUAUUCCGAAAUUUGGCGCACAGGAUUUUUCCGCUUACCCCAUGGGCGGUCAGCAGAAUUUCGACAUGAGUUCCCGGCCGCCACUCCUUACCGCCGCUAUGGCUGCCGUCGGCUAUCCGUUUAAUAUGCUGGGACAGUUUCCUUUGCCUAGCAGUUACCUCCCUUUGGCGGCGAGUUUUCAAGAAGUCGCCCAUCUACUCCAACAAAACCAUCAGACGUCAAGCACUUCGCCAUUGACGUCUGCUUCGGCGACGGCUGCGACCGGUGAAACAGCUGAUACCGUUGCUGCCGCGGCUGCCGCGGCGAAGAGCAUCCUCGACUGUAAACUUGAAACGGAUCUCAAGCCAGAAUUGAAAAGUGAAAGUCUCAAGUGCAGCAAGUGCAAUCAACGCAUGUCGUCGCCGAUGGAGCUGUUCCAACAUGAGCGCUUCGUUUGUAAGCUAGCCACCGACGUAAAUCGUAACCUACCGAGCGAAACCGAAUCUCUGAUGGAGACGAGAGUGAAAAAUGAGCCCGACUUGGAGAUUGAGGUCAAGGAUGAGGAAGAACUCAACGAGGAGGCGAGCGCUUUCCUCAGGGCCCAACACCGGAUCAACGGACCGUACCCGAAGCCGUCCGAUAUCGAGCAUUUCGCGCAGGAGCUCAAAGUUUCGAAAAAUACCGUAGAACGGUGGUUCGAGACGGUCAAUAGAUCGGAUCGCGUCGAAAAGCCACGCGAAUCAUCUCCUCCCACGUCUACCCACUCGAGGCCGUCCUCGGCUGCGAAUUCCCCCAAACGACGCAGACUGACCCUCGACGCGGAAACCUCAGAUCCCGACCAGCCGCUGGAUCUCUCUAUGAAGAGCGGGAAAAGCGUCUCGUCUGAAGGCAGCCGGUCGCCGUCACCGUUCAAAUCUUUUGACACCUCAGUGCCCAAAAACCUCCUAGCUCUGUCAGCGAUCAAAGCGCUCGACGGUGAAACUCCUGACUACGCAAAACUGUUGGGCUACCGUCAAUUCAGUUCUCCUGAAAACGCUGUUGUCGGACUGCUGAUGGCCGGAUCGACCCAGUUCCCCACAGAUCUGAUGACGGGUAUGCGAUCCACCUCGACGUCGAGCGACGUUUCAAGUAGAGACGCUGUCAGUCCGUUCCACCCGUUUUUCGAGCCGCGCAGUUGGCCUGACGAGGAGUUGCACGAGACUACGAAAAUAACGAAACCGAGCAAAGUGAUCUCGACGAAAGAGGACGAGCAGACUGGCAGCCAGAGUUACAACUGUGAUCAGUGCGAUAAAGUAUUCAGCAAGCAGAGCUCCUACACACGCCACAAGUUCGAGCACUCCGGAGUCCGACCGCACAAAUGCGAGGUAUGCUCGAGAGCAUUCAAACACAAGCACCAUCUUACCGAGCACCGAAGGCUACACUCUGGCGAGAAACCAUUCCAGUGUCGGAAAUGCCUAAAACGCUUCUCGCACAGUGGUUCCUUCUCUCAGCACAUGAAUCAUAGAUACUCGUAUUGUAAACCGUACAGGGAGGAGGCUAAGAACACCGUCAGCCCCGGCGUCGCCCAAUCUCAAGGAACUCCGUCACCUCCACCAGGGAGUCCAGUUAUGGCUUCAUCUUGAACUCGUCGUCGUAUGCCUCGGAUUUCGGGUCAAAGGGCUGAUCGGUUGUCACGGUCGUACUCGUUCUGCCCUCAGCGGCCUCGUUCUCCUGACCCUUCUUGAUCUACAUUCCGAAGUGCUGUGUAUGAGCUGCAUAUGAUUCUGCAGUACCUCUUGCAAUGUUUAAAUAGUCUCCCCACGGAAGGACUGGAUGCGUGGACGAAUGAACGGAAAUAGAUUAUUCAAUCAAAGGAUCGAUAAAUCAAUGCUUCUA